CUUGUGCUCGCGCAGGCUUGUGCGGCCCGUUCUGUGUGCAUCGGCACGGGAUCGUCUUCUUCGCUGUGCGUGCUAACAGCCUUCAUAACUCGGGGGACUAAACAGAGUCCCUUCCCCACUGGCUCUAGGCUACCGCAGUUAGACAGACUAACAAACUCCAGUUAAGGACAACAUUAUACACUGUAAAACCGUUUGUUCCGCUAAAAAUGUACCUGGUUCAGGUGGCAGAAAACGACAGCUACCUAACGUUAGUUGGAAAUCCAGCUAUCUAGAUAUACUGCAUCGCGGGAUUCAUUUCCUGCCUUCGUCGAUUAAAGUGAUAUUAACUGUCACGAUAGAUAGGAAAAGACGAGUACGGAUUCUCGGAUCAUCUCGUUCGGAAUACGGUGUCAACAGUGUAUUCGGUAUGAGGCUUGCUCGGUCAAUCUGCUAACGACAUUUUCCCGUAGAAUUAGCGAGCUAGCUACUGUUGCUUGCUACGUACGGCGUAUAGCUCGUCCGGUUCGGAUGAAACGAACUGGAUAGCGAGACGGCAAACAGUUUAUACUAAACAGCCGGGGUGUGUGGCUGGAUUGUCUAGUUAGCUAAAAUUGCUAUCCGUUCAUGCAGGGGUUUAGGUGCUUUCCAAUUUGCUUGGGCACGGGAAGCCGACAUUUUUCGGUUGUGUAUGUUCCUGUUGUGUUACGGAUUGUUUGUGAAGGAGAAGCCAACGCAAGGAGUCAAUAAACUGCCAAACCCAUUUAAAAUAUCAACGGGACCAUGCGAAUAAAGACUUGGAUUUGAAUCUGCGAUCAUCAGUAUCCCGACCAGAGGGCCAUCGGGCACGUCGCGCUCUGUCGCUGGCUCAAACCCAGGUUGGAAACGCACCUUGGCCUGUGUGACAGAAAACGAGAGUUCCGGGAUUCAUUUCGGGCCUAAAUACUCUGGAUCCGCAGCGAUACACACCCAAAACACGCAGGCAGAAGUCGGACACACCUGCAGUGUACCGCAGGGGCUGAAGACUUGGAAGAGGGCAGUGCUGCACUAUCUGCUGGAUCGACUUCCCCCUGGAUUUAUCCUGCCGUUUCUCCUUCCUGAGAGACGAUCAGCUGGGUGGUUUCCCCAGUCUGAGAGAGGAUCAGCCUGAGCGGAUCAGUCGGGUGGUUUCCCCUGACUGAGAAAGGAUCAGCCUGAGAGGAACAGCCGGGCGGUUUCCCCAGUCUGAGAGGGGAUCAGCCGGGCGGUUUCCCCAGUCUGAGAGAGGAUCAGCCGGGUGGUUUCCCCAGUCUGAGAGAGGAUCAGCCGCGUGGUUUCCCCAGUCUGAGAGAGGAUCAGCGGGGCGGUUUCCCCAGGGCGGUUUGGGGCGGAAGUGGGGGCCAUGGUGGAGACGGUCCCGUGGGAACGUUCAGUCCUGGAGACGGUUAUAUAAGCAGCGUUUGCUGAGGGCGCGGCCCUGUCUGCGUGUGGGACGUCCUGAGGGCAAGCUGACGGUUUUACUGCAGGAGGGAAGCCUCCUGUCCACACGCCACCCGUCCUGCGUUUCUGCACCUUUUCAAACCCGUGCUCCUGCUUUUUAAUGCCCAAACAGGCCCGAGCUCAGACUGCGGCUCCACCCUAACCCUGCGGCUCCACCCUAACCCUGCGGCUCCACCCUAACCCUGCGGCUCCACCCUAACCCUGCGGCUCCACCCUAACCCUGCGGCUCCACCCUAACCCUGCUGCUCCACCCUAACCCUGCUGCUCGGGGCUGCAGGACGGCUGCGUCGCAGAGGCAUCGCGCCCCAGAGUCUGCAGAACAGAACGGGCUCGGUCCCAAGCGCUGGGAGGAUCAGCAGCCGUUUCCUGUCCUGUCACAGUGCAGUCAAGCUCCUGAGUGGAGCUCCUCCUUUCUCUGGGGAAAGUCUGUGCGUCUGUCAGUCACGCUUCUUUUCUGGACAGACCUGUUGGAUCAGUCCCAGUCAGGCCUGCCACUCUGCCUGUGUGCAGGUAUUUAUGACUGUACUGCAACACCUGGAGAGGGAAGUCCCAAACCAGAUGUCUAGUUCUGAAACCUCUCUUAUUCCAAAGAAGACGAUCUCUCCUAAUACCCAAAACAUUUUAUUUUGCUUUCUUUAAGAGAGACAACUAAAACUGAUUGUCCUCUGCCUGUUGGUUUUAGAGACUUUUCCAUAAACGCAGAUCCCUCCGAGAUCGAAAUUGGAGUGGUUUUUCUCCACUGCGUUUGACCUCUGACCCGCUGAGAGUUUGAAAAUGAGGGUUUGUGGUGGCGAAGGUGGGCAGGUUUUGAUUGGUCUUUAAGGGGACUGGGGUGGACUCCGGUCUGUUAGCGAGGAGCGCCGCUGUGCAUCGGGUCUGUGCCCUCGUGCGUCUGUGCCCUCGUGCGGGCUGACAUGCCCGUGCACAUUCACACCUCAGAGGGAAGGUGAAUCUUUAUUUUUGUGAUUCGGGCAUUUUCAAGCAUUGCCCGUUAGAUCAGUGCAUUUGUGGAUCAUUACAGACUGUAGAAUUACACCUGCAGAGGUGUUACGAAUGACUUUGUGAAAAGCACAGGUGUAGAGGCGAUGUCAUUACAGGGUAAACGCUCAGAGUAACUGAUCUACUCUUAUACCAAACACCUUAUUUAUUCCAGAAUCACACAAAGAACUUUAGGUGAAUUUGACUUUUUUUUUUCUUUUUCUUUUUUUUACAAACCAAAUGUUUUAUUGCACCAAAUAUAUUUGAUGUAAAAGCCAUAUUGUGAAUUUAACUUCUUAAUUUGCAGCCAUUUUUUUUAUCUGUUAGUGUUUCAAGGGACAGUUAGACAGUGAGGCAUUUAUUACGUGUGAACUCCAGAACCUGCCGCUCCUGCAGAACCUGCGGCUUCAGAACUGCAGCUUCAGUAGAGCUUGUGGUUCUGCAGCUGCUGGUUUGCCUGGGCUGUGCAGUUCCUGCAGGUUCCUCCUGUACCGCAGGUUCUCCGCGUUCUCCAUGUUCUCCGCGUUCUCUCCCAUAUACUAAUAUCUGCUUGGAGAUUUUCAGUAUUGGAUGCCAAAGUCAGAAUGGUUUUCUGGUGUGGCGUUCCUGAUUAAACCUGCUCCAGCUGCUAGACCCCCCCCCCCAGCUCAGAAAGGUCAGAGUUCAAAGCUCAAAUUUAUAGGAGGAAAAGCCCUUAAAGGAACAGGGCUCACUGAUUAAAAAAGCAAAAACAAAUCCAUCUGGUAUCACAGACUUAGGCCACUCUUCUCCCCAUCUGUCUCUCCUCCCUCCCUCCCUCCCUCUCUUCUCCCCCUGUCCCCGUUAUGUCUCCCCUCUCACCCUCCCUCCCUCUGAUGCGACGGAGACCUUGUGUCUCCUUCCUCUCUCUCUGACCCUCCUCUUCCUCUCACUGUUAAAUCCUUCCCAAAAAGCCAACCCAGGUACCGAUCCCCCCUCCUCCCCUCCCCCACUCCCCCCCUUCCCUCUGUGAUGCCGGGUGUCAGUAAGAGUGGAGGCCCCGCCUCCUCGCCCCCCUCCUCGUCCCGCCCACUGCGGCCCAGCCGAUACGUCCCCGUCUCCGCGGCAACUGCCUUCCUAGUGGGGUCCACUACGCUCUUCUUCUGCUUCACGUGUCCGUGGCUGUCAGACCAGUUCUCUGUGGCCGUUCCUGUGUAUAACGGCGUGGUCUUCCUCUUCGUCCUGGCGAACUUCUGCAUGGCCACCUUCAUGGACCCAGGCAUCUUCCCCCGAGCGGAGGAAGACGAGGAUAAGGAGGAUGAUUUCCGCGCCCCGCUCUAUAAGACUGUGGAGAUCCGGGGGAUCCAGGUGCGGAUGAAGUGGUGCUCCACCUGCCGCUUCUACAGACCCCCCCGCUGCUCCCACUGCUCCGUCUGUGACAACUGUGUGGAGGACUUUGACCAUCACUGCCCAUGGGUGAAUAACUGCAUCGGCCGCAGGAACUACCGCUACUUCUUCCUGUUCCUGCUGUCGCUGACGGCGCACAUCAUGGCCGUGUUCGGCUUCGGCCUGCUCUUCAUCCUCAACCACACCCAGCAGCUGGACCACGUGCACUCUGCCGUCACGAUGGCUGUGAUGUGUGUGGCCGGCUUGUUCUUCAUCCCUGUAGCAGGACUCACCGGCUUCCACAUCGUCCUGGUGGCUCGCGGGAGGACCACCAACGAACAGGUGACGGGGAAGUUCCGAGGGGGAGUGAACCCCUUCACUAACGGCUGCUGGAGGAACGUCUCCCAUGUGCUGUGCAGCUCUCAGGCUCCCAGGUAUCUGGGCCGGGGGAAGAAGGCCCAGUCGGUGCUGGUGCAGCCGCCCUUCCUCAGACCGCAGCUCUCCGACGCCCAGCUGGCUGCCAAAGUGCUGGACAACGGUAUCCAGGGCGACCUGCACAGGUCUAAGAGUAGUCUGGAGAUGAUGGAGAGCCAGUCAGCUGAUGCAGAGCCGCCUCCUCCCCCCAAACCGGAGCUUCGAUAUGGCCUGUCCCGCAGCCCCCUGUCUGUGGGGCACGGCGAGGAGAGCAGUCUGCUGCACAAAGCUCCGCCCACUCCCACCAUGUAUAAGUACAGACCUGCCUACAGCAGCCCGGGCAAGAACCACUCCAACAAGAUGAAUCGGGGGGAGAGUCUGAAGGAGUCUCCAUCUCUCCGACACUCCGGUGGGCCGGGGGGGGCGGGGUCGGGGGUGGGGGCGGGGUUUCGGUCGGAGCCCAGCCUGGACGGGCGCGAGGGCGAUCGGGGCUGCCGGGACAGGGGCGGGGCAGGAGUGGGCGUGGCCAUGCCUGCUUCGGGGAUCCCCGGCUAUUCCCUGGGGGGGCGGUCCUACCCGUCCUUCUCAGACCCCACAGUGCUGUCGGGGGGGGCGUCGCGCUCCUCUAGCGUCCGGUCCGCCCACACGGCCCACAAUGCACCUGGGGCGCUGCACUCGGAUGGCACCACCUCCACCAGCUACAAGAGCCUGGCCAAUCAGACGCCUCGAAACGGCAGCCUAUCGUACGACAGCCUGCUCACCCCCUCCGAGGGCCCGGAGUUUGAGUCGGCCGCCCCAGACCCGCCCCCCCACGCCCACCCCGGCCCGGUGCCCCCCGCGUUGCUAGGCUACAGCUCCCCCUUCCUGUCGGCGCAGAUCGCCCACCAGCGCGAGCCCUCGUCCCCCCACCACGCCUUCCUGCCCCGCCCCACCAGCCCCGCCCACCUCCCGGAGCGGGACUCCCACCGCCCCACCCAGCACCACCCCCGCCCCGCCCGCUUCUCCCGCCCGCCCCUCCUGGCCGACGCCCACCCCUACUCCUACCGAGCGCGCUCCCUGGGAUCGCCGGAGACGGCGGCGCCCGUAGCCCCGCCCCCGGCCCCGCCCGCCCCGCUGGGGAAGUCCCUGUCCUACUCCAGCGCCGCGGCUGCAGAGAUGCAGUACCGCAUGGUGCGCAAGGCGUCGGCCGGGGGCGGGGCAGGGGGCGGGGCCGGGGGCGGGAUCCAGGCCCCAAAGGACGAGAUUCAGAUGAAGUCCUACAGCCGGUCCAAUGGGCAGCCCAAGCCUGCCCCCUCCUCCCCCUCCCACCCAACCAGCCUCUCCACCCGCCCGGGCCCGGCCAAUCAAAGCGCUGCUCCUUCACAGAGUCCCACCCACAAGCCGGGGGGUGGGGUGAAGAAGGUGACGGGCGUCGGAGGGACGACCUAUGAGAUCUCCGUUUGAGUGACAGGCGGCAGCUUCGUCCAAUGGGGGGGGGGGGUAGGAUCACAGGCCCCUCCCCCUGCUCUGGUGAAAGGAGCCUUGCGAUUGGAGGAGGGACAUCACAUGGGGAUAUGUGAUUUGAGGAACGCAGAGGGGUGUUCGUCAGUCACGCUGUCACACGGCUUGUUUUUCAUCCCUCCUUCCGAAAGCAAUGGACUCCCCUUCUCUCCAUGGGGUGGAGAUGUACCCCCCCUCCCCUCCCCCCCCAAAAAAACAUCUGCCUCCACUGCAUUCAGUCAGCACCUGACUUUCCAGGGGACUCAGGUAGCCAAUCACACGCCUUCUAGAGGCAGGACUCUGGCCAGUGGCUGUGAAGGACAAACGGUGAGCUGGCCAGUCACCAGGAAGGCUGCAAACGUGUGAGAGACAGCGCUGACUGAUCUCCCUUUUUAUUUUUAUUAUAAUGGACUCGAGAUGCGUACAUUUGGACAUUAAAGGAGGUUUGAAAGGAGGACAGAACGGCUGACCUGUCCUGAGUCUAAGGAUCAGCUCAGGCUCUGUCUCCAGGACCACAGGAGCUUCAACUACACAGGCCACUGUGAUUGGUCGGGGACCACUGCUGCCCAUUUAACCGACCAAUCAGUAAAUGGGACAUUAAUAUUACUGGCAGGUAUCAGGGCAGAUGAUUGGUUCAUUGUCUGGACUUCACCGGCAGGAGCCGCCUGAUCUCGGACUGGAUUUGGCGAUUGCCUUUGAAUUCCAGGAAAAAAAACAAAGAUUUUGCUUAUUUAAUUUUCUUUUUUAAAUCUUAGUUUGUAUGAAUUUAUAUAGUUACUGAUUUAAAAAAAUGCUCAUGAUUUUAAUGGUGUCAAGUGACACACUGGCUUACAAAAGAUUUCAUACAGCAAAUGUUUGUUCACUUUAAUGGCUAAGCCAGCCGAUCAGACGCAGCUCUCAUAACCAAUGGGGUUUAUUCUCUGCAGCUGAGAACUAGCCUCAUUAAAACAGUCAAAACAUGCAUCGGUUCUUGUGGAGUAAAAUUCUGAAAUAUUCUGUUGAGAGGAUAUGAAAUGCCUGGUGUCUGUUGUAGUUUUAAAUGACUGGAUUUUUUUAUUUUUGUUUUAUUUUUUUAAAUAUUUCAGUCGUCAGUUAAGAGCCAGACCUCCCUCUGGUUGCCUUUGACAAAGCUGGCCUAUCAGGAAUCGGAUUAUGUGUCAUGUGAUUUGGGUCAGUCAGAGAGGACCUUAUGGGCCAUUUCCAAAAAGUUCAUAUCCUGGAGCUUUCCAAGUGGGACGCGAUUAAAAAAUCAUUUUUAAAUUCAAAGUUAUUUUGCAAGUUUGUUGGCUGACGAGGGGCCAGCAUGGAGACUGUUCUGUGCGGCUCUUCGAUUUGAGGACUGUUUGACCAAUCAGAAGCAGAAAAUGGAAACUUUGAAUAAAUGCAUAGCAGCAUACUGCCGAAUGGGAGGGGCUAGAAUGUGACUGACAGCCGGCUAGCCAACCUAAACGGCCAAUGAUGUAGUGAUACGGGGAGAGGGAAGGCGGGGCCUGAAACAUGGGUGUGUUUAAAAAAAAAAAAAAAAAAAAAGUUUAUUGUAUAGCUCUGCGUGGGAGAGUGUGUGUAUGUGCGUGUGUGUGGCUGAGCAUUGGUCAUAAUAAACCGUUUAUAAAACA